UCAAUGGAUUUCUAUUUUCACUGAAACUGCAUUUCUGACGGAUGUUCAUACAGAUAUCCACGAUCAUGAGCAAAGGUCAUGACACAGCAAAGAGAGAGUCAUCUCAAAAAUAUGUGCUAUGUCAGAUGCCACCAGGCUGGACUACCCUGCCUGUGUGUCCUCGUCUUCCGCAUCCUCCACCACAAGACAGUAUCGCAGUUUAUACAAAGAAUGGACUGAACAAAAACCUAAUUUAUGAAGGCUACAUUUGUCCAAAAGCUCCUGAAAAGCUGUCUAUGUCCGCGUUGCUGGCACCACAAAAGCAGCAAAGACAGCUGAGCUUUGGGCAGAAGUAUGAGAAACUGCAGGAGAAGAUCAGAGCUGAGGAGGCCGAGGCCGACGCUCAGGAAAGAAACAUGUCAGAGGAUCAAAAGAGCAGAGAGGCGGAUUCUGCAGCGAGCAGCCAACCAGGGCGAGGUGUUGUAAAAGCAGAGCUAAGCACCAUGUCAGGCGGUGAAGAUACAGCUGAUGAAUCAAAACCGCAGAUAAAAGAAGAGGCUGCAUUUACCAGUGAAAGUGAAUCCAACAUCAAUUAUCCACUUCCUUUUGAAAUCCUGGACAUGAGAGAGAGUUUUCUCCCAGCUCUCGCUACGGGGGGGACAGAGGAGUUUAUGUAUUAUUCUGAACCCUGUGAGACCACGGUGGACACGGACUUCUUGAACUGUUUGUGUAUUAAGGAUUAUAGUUGAACCUGGCCAGACCUGCAGACCUGCGCCACACACCCGAAGCAUC